AUGUCAAGAGCACUCAGGCUCCAUAAAGGUCGGAUAGUGUCGAUCUCCCCGGAACCAUGCACCUCAGCAUCCGAACCACCUAUCAUUCUGCAAAUUGUAUCUCGAGCCACCUCGGAUUCGUCGGACAGUGAUAGCGACUCUCAACCUGGAAGCCCUGUUCUCAAAGUCAAGCGAGCUCGUCUGACAAGUUGGGGUGAUGCUGCUCAAUCAUCUGCGAGCUCUUUGACGCCUCUUUCCCCUUUUCAAAGCCCUGCGAUGCACCUAAAGAUCCAGUCAACAGGGCUUCCUCAGAUGCUACCAACGCCACCCGCUACAGCUUCCUCGACUACUCCGCAUCAUGAUCGUCCCACGCCGUCAGAUUCUUGCAUUUCCCACUUUGCCUCUCCACUUCUAGUCGAGGUCAGCGGAGAACCCUCCAUCAAAUCUGAAUGGGAUGAGGACAAAACAGAUCAGGACCUCAUCAGUGGUCUCCGACUUGAAGUCCAGGAGCUGAGAAAAGAUAAAGCGAUUGGACAAGAGGAGAUCGCUUCACUCCGUCGACAACUGAAUCGACCUGAAAACCCUGUCGCCAAUGACAAACAAGCUUCGGAUGAUACAUUUGAUCUCGAUCUCAAAUCAAAGGGUAUGCUCCAUAUGCAACAACACUUCGCCCAUGCCCUUUUCUUCAGCAUGGUCAUCGCUUCUCCCAUCCCUUCCAGGCCGGAUGCGCUCGGCGAUAGUCUUCAAGCCUUCAUCGACGAGCUCAGUAGUCUCGCUUCUGCCGUACAUCCCUCUGGUCUCACUCCAUCCUCGUUCUUUGAAAAGGCAUGGAUGGUAUUGGAUCAACUCCAAAAUGCAGUCUCCACCUUGGGUCCGGAAUCGAUUAAAUUGGCUCUCGAAGACUACAAGGCUGGGAGGUUCGAUCCCAUGAAACUUUCCUACGCAAAAGUUGAGCAGAGUGGUCCUUCCAGUCAGGCGGCAUCUAUGGAUGUGGACGGACAAGUGAGGGAGACUUCAGGCGCACAUUCCACCUCAACGCACGAGGAAACUCAGCUUCUGAGGGCUCAACUCCUAAAAGAGAAAAAUGAGAUGUGCGUCAUGCUUAAUCGGGACAUCUUACGUGAGAAGAUACGAGCAGACUCAGCAAAUCGUAGCAUCGCGUCUCUCAACGCACAACAUGAACAGGAUGAAGCACGACGCAUCCAAUUGGAGGACCAACUAAAAACACUCAACAGGCAGUUGAUGUCCUCGCAUGGGCAGAUACUGACCUUACAGAGCUCUCUCGCAAAGACUCGAACGGGACCCGCUCAGCUACCACAGUCCACAGCCACCUCGACACACAAUGUGGCAAGGCUGGAAAUCGAAUUAGAGUCGAAUAAGGCCGCUCUCAAAACCGAGAUUCGGGAAAAGGUCAAAAUGGAGUACCAAUUGACUCGAGAGACGGCUUUGAAAGAGGAGCUGCAUUCCAGAUGCCAGGCAAUGUUUACAGAGAUGGGCACGUUGCAGAGCUGGUUGGUCUUCUACGAAGGAUGGUACAGAAACGCUGCCGAGCGGGGCGCGGUCCCUCGGUUCCCUGAUACGCAAUUGAACGGUCAGCCACUUUCACAACUCCAAGCACAGCAGCACCCAGCACAGCAUACAAAUAUCCUUCUCCAGCAGUCGCAGCAGCUGCAGCACGUCGGGCAGCAGAAUAGGCCUGACCAGCAGAAAGAGACCGGCCCAGUGUCCCAAUCCUCAACUCAGCACCUACGACAACCAUUUGUGGCGGGAUAUUCGGCCCAUCCGCCACAACGACAACAGCAGCAGCCGCCAUUGCUAUCCCAUACGACUGGCGAUCGGAGCCUUCCUCUUAGUCAUCAUGGCCCAUCAAGGGAGGUUGUUGGAAGUCAGGAUCAGCCUCGGCCACUGCCGAGACAGGGCCUUCAAGCAAGCUACCUCCAGCCCAUCGCCCCGGAACCAGGAAUCACCCAGCAUGCGACAUUUUCCGGCGCGCCGUCCAACCAGCAGACGGCUUUUAAAGCGGGUGUGCCUUCCUCAGAGCUCGUCAGUCAAUCGAUCAUGGAUCAUGCACGCCAGAAAGCAGUUCAGAAUGCUCACCUCUCUCGGAUCAUGGCCGUGCAAGAGGCGUCAAGAAGCGCUUCGGAGACACCCUAUCAAGCUCUGGGCGGCAUCGCAGCUGUGCCCAAACCGCAGGUUGAGCCCAAUGGUUCGGCAAAGGAGCGUGUCUCGACAUCGCGACAUCACCAAAGUACGCAGGUGACUUCGCAAUAUCCAGAAUCAUCAAAGCAGACUCCGGACCCAGCGCAAAGUCUGGUGUUGAACGGUGGUAGCGAUCAGGGUGAAGGGCCCACCAGUGUCGGGUCUGGAUAUUCAGCGGCUGGGAGCGGCAGUCUCCCGAAUGUCGGACCUAUCCGACCUGGAGCUGGGGCUGAAUCCCAAAAGCCAGCGACCACACAGCAGGCUUUUGCGAAGCCAAGCGCCAAUCAGGUUCACAACAUCGCGUCUUCCUCAAACAGAGUUGCGGAUUCAUUAGCUUGGUUGCAACAUAGCCCUUAG